UGGUGCGUGUAAAAAUUCAGUGCAAGGCUUGAAUCGGUGGUGGAUGUUUUUGUUUUUCUCUGCAGAGAAAGCGUUGCUUCGGCGAAGGAACUGGCGGUAAUUACUGUAUUCAAAUAGCCACUGAGACGGACAGCAGGUCACCAUAAUGCAGGCAUCAGUUUGCAGACAUCACUGCAGAUACCUACAGCGCCACACACAGCAAAGGUACUACGGCACUAGGAUACCAAGGCCUGCCGUCCUUACCCCGGGGAUGUUAAGAUCUGUCCUGCAUACCCCAGGGACUGUCUCCUCCUGGUCUGGUCUUGUGGCAACAGUCAGUGCAUUGCAUACUAACAGCACACUGCAGAAGAGUGCCAUUAAGUAUCGUGCUGACUUGAAACAUGGCCGUCGUAUUGUGGUCAAGUUGGGAAGUGCAGUUAUAACUCGUGAAGACGAAUGUGGUCUAGCACUGGGAAGACUGGCUUCUAUUGUUGAACAGGUUUCAGAACUUCAGAAUCGGGGCUACCAGAUGUUAAUGGUGACCAGUGGUGCCGUUGCAUUUGGGAAACAAAAACUGCGCCACGAGAUAAUGAUGUCCAUGAGCAUGCGCCAGACGCUGUCAGCUAGGGAAAAUGGGAAGCAAGGACGCCCAAUUUUAGAGCCACGGGCGUGCGCAGCGGCGGGCCAGAGCGGUCUCAUGUCCUUGUAUGAGGCCAUGUUUUUACAGUAUGGCGUCAGAAUAGCUCAGGUUUUAGUCACAAAACCAGACUUCACUAAUGAUGAGAGUAGAAAGAACUUACGGGGCACCUUGCAGGAACUCCUAAAACUGAAUAUUAUUCCUAUAUUAAAUGCUAAUGAUGCAGUAGCUCCACCACCAGAGGCAGACAAAGACCUAGCUGGGGUGAUCAGUGUCAGUGACAAUGACAGUCUGGCUGCCAGGCUGGCCGUAGAAACAGAUUCUGACUUGCUGAUCUUAAUGUCAGAUGUGAAUGGUAUCUACACGUCUCCUCCUGGCACUGAGGGGUCUCGUCUCCUUCACACCUAUUCCCCAAAGACAGACAGUGUGAAUGUGGUGUUUGGGGGCAAGUCCAGAGUAGGACUGGGAGGAAUGGAGUCCAAGGUGAAGGCAGCCACAUGGUGCCUGGGUCAUGAUGUAGGCGUGGUCAUCUGUAAUGGUACUGAGGAGAGUGCAAUCCUGAACAUUGUUGAUGGGAAGAAAGUGGGCACCAUGUUUACAGACGCUAUGGUAGAGGGGCCUGCUGUGGAAAUACAAGCAAUGAAAGCAAGAGAAGGUUGCUAUGCCUUGCAAGCACUAAGCUCUGAAAAAAGGGCGGACAUCAUCAACAGUUUGGCAGGUUUACUGAUCGACAGAUCCACUGAAAUACUAGCAGCCAAUAGGAAGGAUGUGGAUGCAGCUAAAGCUGCUGGACUUCUCCCAGUGAACAUCUCCCGUCUGAUCCUAACCCAGGCAAAGUUACAGAAUCUAUCAGGCGGCCUGCGACAGAUAGCUGCCACAUCCCAUACUAACAUUGGCCGCGUCUUGCGCCAUACCAAGGUGGCCGAGGGAAUGGACCUUACACAAGUCACUGUACCUAUAGGUGUACUGCUAGUCAUAUUUGAGUCCAGACCAGAUGCUUUACCACAGGUUGCUGCCCUCUCCAUUGCCACCGGCAAUGGUUUACUACUGAAGGGAGGCAAGGAAGCAUAUCACAGUAAUAAAAUACUUCAUGAGCUUGUAGAAGAGGCUCUAGCCCCACAUGUCCCAAAAGAUACUGUGAGCUUGGUCAGUCGACGAGAAGACAUCACUGACUUACUGCAGAUGGAUGAAUACAUUGACCUGGUGAUUCCUAGAGGUUCCAAGGAACUGGUUUCUAAGAUACAGCAGGAGAGUAAAGGCAUUCCUGUCCUCGGCCACAGCGAGGGCGUCUGUCAUGUGUUUGUGGAUAAAGACGCAGACCUGGAAGCAGCUAUUAAAAUAGUGGUUGAUGCCAAAUGUGACUACCCUGCAGCCUGCAAUGCCAUGGAAACACUUCUCAUACAUCACGAUCACUUACGAACUGGUUUCUUCGACCAUGUGUGUGACAUUUUGCGAAAGGAAAAUGUGAAGAUUCUAGGAGGACCCAGAUUGCUGAGUCAUCUCAAGUUUGGCCCUGUGCCAGCAUCAUCCAUGAGGACAGAGUAUGGCGACCUGCAGUGUACCAUUGAGGUGGUGGAAAAUGUGGAGGAUGCUGUGGAUCACAUCAACAAAUAUGGCAGCUCACAUACAGAUGUGAUUGUAACUAGAAAUGCUGAGGCAGCAGAGACAUUCCUACAGAAGGUGGACAGUGCCUGCGUGUUCCAUAAUGCCAGUACCAGGUUUGCAGAUGGAUACAGGUUUGGACUAGGUGCAGAGGUUGGUAUCAGUACAGGCCGUAUCCAUGCCAGGGGCCCAGUGGGCGUGGAGGGCCUGUUGACCACAAAAUGGAUUCUAAAGGGAUCUGGAAACACCGUUGCCGAAUUUACCGCAGGCGAUAUGAAAUAUCUACAUGAACAGCUGCCUAUUGACGACAUUUUGCAUAGCAGCAGUUGAUUUAUGUCGUGCAUGCUCAAGAAGUGUCAAAUUUCUAAAUUAUGAACAAAAAAAAGACCAAUUAUUUAUUUUGUUUAUUGAAUUAUAUGUCAUUGAAUGCAUUUUUGUGUUCCACCAUCUUGUGGAAUAUUCUGUGCAAUGGAUAGGAAGUCCAUGGGUCUGAUUGAUUACUGAAGGAACAGUACCAUUAAAGAUUUAUUUGUUGUAGCAACAACAGGGUAGAAUUUAUCAUUGGUAAUGAAUUUUUCAUUUAUAGUGAUGAUAGUAUUGAAAGGUGUACUUAAAAGUAUUUUAGUAAAAUUGCUUCAACUUUUAAAGAUAGGGCUGGGCAAAAGCUUCUCCAGUCAAUCAUGAAUUCACACAAAUUAUAAAAGUGAAGCUGGCAGUAAUAAAUAUAUUUAUUCAUACA